GAUUCAUUAAUGGGUUCCGCGAGCGAAGACGAAGACGACGAUGAUCCGCCACAUUUGCGCGGGCCACCGCUCGGCUUGGGCGUAUUAGGACCAAAUGGCCCAGACUCUGCGGGUGGACCGUUGGGAGCAUCCGAUAUCUCAGUACAAAGUAUGAGCACGGAUAGUAAAAACACGCAUGACGAUUCCGAUCAGGGUUCCUUAGAUGGCGAUCCUGAUGGCCGUGGUGAUUCACAAGCGGAGAAUAAGAGUCCUGACGAUGCGAACGGAUCGAAGCGACGCGGCCCGCGAACGACGAUAAAAGCCAAACAAUUGGAAGUACUGAAAACGGCAUUUAAUCAAACACCGAAACCGACACGGCACAUUAGGGAACAAUUGGCCAAGGAGACGGGGCUGCCAAUGCGUGUGAUACAGGUUUGGUUCCAGAACAAACGUUCCAAGGAGCGUCGCAUGAAGCAAAUCACCAGCAUGGGUCGUCCGCCGUUCUUUGGCGGCGCGCGUAAAAUGCGCGGCUUUCCCAUGAAUCUCUCACCUGGUGGUCUCGACGAUGGUCCUGGUUUCCCUUAUUUCGCGGCUGAUGGCAAAUUUGAAUUUGGCUACGGUGGGCCGCCGUUUCAUCCGCACGAUGGACCAUUCUUUCCAGGACAUCCGGGCGGACCGAUGCCAUUUAAUACACCAGGCGGUCCCAUGGAUCACAGCGGCCCCAUACCGAUGGUGAAUGAAUUUGGUCUUACGCCCGAAUCGCAAUUUCUCAGUCAAGCUGGUGGUCCACCGAUGAGUAUACAAUCUGCUGGGGGACCACCGCCACCGCCUGAACAUCUACUUGCAGCGCAACAACAAGCACAGCAGCAGCAGCAGCAACAACAACAACAAGCACAACAACCGAAUGGCCCGCGCUCAGCAUCACCAGAAUAUCUGACAGCGGCGAAUUUCAGUGAGCCCUCGAAUAUGCAAAAUGAGGGACUGGUUUGGUAAUAUACAAAACAAUUGGCCAAUCGGCUGCUGCUGCUGAAAACGUUGAGCGCACAACAGCAAAUGCAGCACCAACACCAGCAACAGCAACAGCAA